AUGCCUACACAAACCGUCCUGUCCGCUUUGGUUCAGGCCUACUCAAACGGUGGUGCUCCCUGGAAUUGGGAUACGUGGAAAUCUAUCACCAACGUUCACCACGGCCUCUUCCCUUCUGAUGACUCACUCCUUCCUCAUCGAUGGUCACGGAAAAACGCAACCGAUGUCCAGUCCUUCCUCAAGGAAUGUGCAGACAUUUCUUCAGAUGUUGAGAGAGACAAAUUCGUUAAAUCUUCCCAGAAUCCCGGGAGAAACUUUUUACAUCAGUGGGUCUCUUCCAACUAUGAGCGAUGGGACAUCCACAACAAGGUGGUCAGCUGUCUCAAAGAAGCUGACGUCCACCCACUGCAUAUCAUGACCAGGGAGAACAGCCUGACGUGGCCGAAUUCUAACCUCUACCUCGGCCGCGCGCUCGAUUCCAUUGCUUGGGACUUGUUUGGUCCGGAUGCCUUUCCAGACGGUUCUAAUGUUCUUCCGGCCAAAUGGAAUUUCUUGGCCUCCGCUAUUGGUUUGCGAUCAUGGGUCCGCAUCAGGGGAAAGGUGAAAUGGGAUCUCAACAGAAUAAGCCAGAUGGAAGAGGCAGCUACUCUGGCGUUUAACGAGAUCAAGGCAGAGCCUCAGCCAACCAAGGCCGCCGUUGUCAAAACAUUGCGUGCUGUUGCCAAAUGGAAGGACCUUGUUGAAAUUUAUUCGGUGACGGAAAACCAAGAGAAAGCUGAUAGCAUGGUCAGCGAUCUCAAGGAUCUCUUAGCCGCCCUGGGUGCAAAGGUUCCAAAGGAGAAGGGUACACGGAGGAUCAAGGGUCCUAGCCAAAGGGUAUCGAAAGAGCAACUCAGUUCUAUACACAGGAUGGCAUCGGAGGAAGAUAUCUCGGAACUAACAAACCUCUGGAAUGACUAUUUUGACUCGUCGGGUGUCAGAGACGAGGUUACUCCACCAGAACCUUCUGAGCUAAGUAUCAACAUGAGGGACGUGGAUAAUGGAGCUUUGGGGAUGGAAGUAGAAGCUCUGCUUACUCCAGACGAGCUGUCUGAACUCUUGGGCUUUCGAAAAGGUCUUCCAUACCUUUUUAACACCCUCCGCCAUGAUGGAGGUAUAACCCCAUGGGACAGUCCAUCCGACUUCGCCGUUAAUCCAAGCCAACCACUCAGAAAUUCCUUUCAACCCCUUUCCUUGCACUGGCACCAGCUUGCCGGGAUUUCCUCUAUCAUCCGCAACACCUUCACCGCUGACAGAAAGAAACACACUACCAACGGUAUGCUUAUCGCCGACGAAGUAGGACUAGGAAAAACAACCCAGUGCUUAGCCACAAUUGCAUUCCUCAAUCAGGCGAUAUUCUUGCGGGAGAAGGGUUCUCCACCGCCGCCCAUCCUCAAAACUUAUAAGUAUCUCCAAUCACGAGAGGACUUUGAGGCUCUUCCUCACUUGAUAGCGGUGCCUGGUACUCUCAGAGCACAAUGGGUGCAAGAGAUCCGGACACUUUUCAAGCCCAACAGCGUUGACAUCCUUAUCUACGACUGCGGAAAGUCUGGCAAUAGUAGUUUCUGGGGUCCAUCUGGUCCAUUCCAGGCUUCGAAGCAGCCGCGUCAAAACAUCAUUGUGCUCACUACCCAUACUUCAAUUAGGCACGACUUCCAAAAGGUAUAUGGCCCUCUACCUAAGAAACGCAAGCACCCCUGGGAUAUGCCAGAGCUGCGCCGCGGGGCUCAGGUCUCGGAUACAAUAUUCGGGACUAGGUUCCUAUCAGUUGCCAUUGACGAGGCUCACGAAUUUAGGAAGGAAGGAGUGAAACACCUAGCUGCCCUUAGACUGACGCAGCAGGCUUCCUUGAAGUUGAUUUUGACGGGAACGCCUCUCCACACUUCUCACAAAGACAUCGUGUCUUUGGCAAGACUGGUUGGAGUGCCACACUUCUUUACCGAGGAUUCACUUGAUCAAGGAAGACAAGACGCAAGCGACUUGAGUAGGGCGAAGAAGCAGGAUUCGAAGGCGACGGAGGAAGAGGUGCUGUCAGGCUUGCUAGCCUUGCCAAAAGUACAAGUCGAAGUUGUGCGAAGAAUGCAGACGCAGGUGAAACCUAAUAUUCUCCGGAGAACAACGGACACCCGCAAUUGGGCAGGGAACAGCCUCCUUAACCUCCCGCCGCACAGAGAUAUAAUUGGCGUUCUCAACUUAAGCGCGCGCGAGCUAAAGAUAAUUGAAGAACGGGCAGAAGCAUCAAAGAUGAAUGCGAAUACCGAAAAUGAGAGCGGAUUCGUUACCACUAACUUCUACAUCGACUAUCGGAAAGACGUUGGCUAUGCAAAGGAGAAUCCGGACGCUCCCAAUCCAACUUUCAAAACGCUUGAGGAAUGGGAGGAGAAGAAGUCGACUAAGAUGGAUUGCUUGGCUAAAGUCGUACACCACUAUCUCUCGCACGACAAUAUUGCGGACGUCCAGUUCGUUGAUGGUGCACCCAUAUUCCCUCCACCUCCGCCUGUUCCGCUAUCUCAAAGUCCUCCAAGAAAUCGCAAGAUAGUCAUAUAUGCGGCAUUCCCAUCUAUGACACCAAUCCUUCUCAAUGUGUUGAAUCUCUAUGGCAUCGACUGCCUUCACAUAGAUGGACAGACCCCUUUGGACAAACGAGCGGCUAUCGUUGACAAAUUUAACGAUCCAAAUGGUCCUCGUGUCUUUAUAUUCUCCUCAGUCGGCGGAACUGGUCUCAACUUGUCUGCAGCAGACGUUGUUAUUUUCUUCGACCAAACGUGGAGCUCCCAAGAUGAACGUCAGAUUCGUGGACGUGCUCACCGUCAACCUCAAAGAAAGGUAGUGAUAGUUAUUCACCUGUUGGCGAAUGACACAACGGACAUUUUGAUGAAUAAUAUGGCAAGCCAAAAGAGAGACAUGUUCGAGGCGUUUGUUAAUAAGGAUAUGGGAAAAGACUUGCAAAGUCUACUCAGCGGUCGGACCGUCCAUGACGCAGAGCCUCUGGAUCAACCUGACGUUGAAGAUGGGUUGGAAUUCAAGUCUAAACGCAGGACAUCCCGAAGGCUCAAAAAGGAUAAGGAAGGAGUAUCAGUCUCUAAGAAAGCUGAAGAAGGGCGUUCCAAAGCGGCCACCACCAGAGCCACCACCAGCGCUCCAACUACAGACGCUUCCUCUGCCAACCACACAGAAAAAGCCAUCUCCAAGGGCACUUCCACCGCGAUAGCCACAGCAGCCGCAACAGCCGCUACCAACGCUACCACCACCGCUACCACCGCUACCACCGCUACCACCGCUACCACCUCUACCACCUCUACCACCGCUACCACCUCUACCACUACCACAGGUGUUGAGAUGGAUAUGGAGAUGGACGGCGAAUGGUCCAUGAGAGGUGAACAGGGAGAUAAGUCUGGAUUGUCAUCUGAUGGAGAUAUGGAUUUGUUUGGAGCCAUAUCCGAUCAAGACUAUGCCUCUUCUGAAGGCGGUCACUGUAUUACUCAAGAUGGUGACGAAGAACCUGCAGGCCUUGUUCAAGCUAUGGGAAGCUCAAGAGUGGAUGAAGAUGACGAUCUUUUUGGUUUCUCAGCUUCCCCCCCUCGGCACAAAGCUAUCAUCUACCCUCCUAAUACAGAAACAGUAGAUGGUCCUCUCUAUGAGAACCUGGUACCCUAUUCCAGCUCACCAGCUCCUGAGUCUCCUGUCUCUGAACAACCUGCUGAACCUGCUCAGCAUACGAAGUUACUGCAAAUGGGAAAUUCAAGGGCAGCUACCACUCGCCAAUUAUCGACCACUCAGAAGAGGUUAAAAGAGUUCCAAAGGAAACUCCUUGCCAGCGCUGAAGAACCGAUGGAAGCUCAACCUGGGCCUUCCAACUUAGCCAGGAUUACAAAAACAACCUCACCUUCUACAAGCACGGAGCGGUCAACUCAGCAUGAACGUACGUCCAAGAAGAAAAGAAAGCAGAAUGAUACAGUAUCUCCCAAUUCUGCUCUACGAGAAUCCAAACGCCUUACCAUCGCAACGCCAGGUUCUAUUACUGGUUCUAACUCAAAAUCUUCAGCCAAGAGUGAUCUUAACAUUGCGGGUAGUUCCUACAGUCAAACGACACACAGCGAAUCCUGUGGGAAGGCUGAUGCAACAUCUCGUCCGUUACUGGUAAGAAACCCAAUGAUGGAUGCGAGGAGGGUUUCUGAAUCUAUGCGAGUUGGCGCUUCAGGCCCAACCAGAGCGCACGUCCUUGGGGCAUCUGGCGCUAGGCAGAACACAUUGUCUCAUAGACCCCAGGAUUUACAGAAACGUCGCGGUUUGCCUUAUAACAUUCCGAGCUACAGAAAGUCUUCCAAGGUCUUAGAAGAAGACGUUGACUUGGAUUUGGAUGACGAGGAUAUAGGGACUAGUAAGGGACUGAACGACUACAGAAGGAAAUAG